AGACUCAUAAUCGCGCCAUCUCUGCGCCGACAUGUGCUUCGAUAUUUCAGUACACGAUAUAAUCAUGAUAAUUUAUUAGCGGUGGUACAAAGCCGCUGUAUUCAAACGUUUCAAAACAUUCAGUGAUAUGGAUGAGCUGCGACAGAUUCAGCUGGAGGCUAAAGAUUUUAAUCCUUUGUGUACUAGUAAUUCUACAUACAAAAACGAAAACACUCAGCAAGACGAUGUCAUUUCAAAUAAAUUCACCAAUAUUGAAAAGCAAAAUUUUGAUCCAUCAAAUGCGAUACAUCGAAGUUCCCAGCUCAGAGCAGUAAUCGAACCCAACAUUGAAUUCGAGCAAAGCGACAGGCAGAAUAUUGGCAAAUCCCCCAACAGCCUGCCGCUAGCAUCCCCCAUCCCGACAACCGAUCUCACACGGCGACACCAAUGCAAACUUUGUGGCAAACAAUUCCUCCAUAAGACUAACCUGAACGAACACGUCAGAACACAUAACGGCGAACGGCCCUUCACUUGCGAUGUCUGUGGUAAGACCUUCCCUAGGAGUGCUGGUCUAUGGCAACAUCGGUACACUCACACUGGUGAACGGCCGCACAAAUGCACCGUAUGCGAUAAAGAUUUUAUGCUUAAAGCUCAUCUAUCGGCACACAUGUCUCUUCAUACCGGUGAGUAUCGGUACAGGUGCGAUGUGUGUGGCAAAGGAUUCAAUGCUGCUAUUCGAUUGAAGGAACACAUGUACAUUCAUAGCGAAAAAAAUCAAAUUACCAGCAACGAACAGGACGACGAACACAACAGUGGAAUACCAUGUAACAGCCUCACAACAUCUUCCAUCCCGACCAUUGAUUCCAGACGGCCACACAAGUGCGAGCUCUGUGGAAAACGAUUUAUCAUGAAGCAACACCUUACCGCACACGUCCAGGCACAUCGAGCUGAACGGCUCUUCAGUUGCGAUGAUUGCGGCAAGACAUUUCUCAGACGUGGUGACGUUUCUAAGCAUCGGUAUUCACACACCGGCGAGAGACCGUAUAAGUGUACAGUGUGCGGUAAAGGUUUCACACACAAAACUAACCUAAAGGCCCACAUACUGCUUCAUACGGGUGAGCGAGCGUACAUGUGCACCGUGUGCGGCAAAGAUUUCGUAGUUAAAAAUGCUCUGAUCACGCAUAUGUCCCUCCACACGGGUGAGUAUCGCUACAAAUGCGAAGCGUGUGGCAAAGGGUACAAUAGCAAAUAUCGCCUAAAGGAGCAUAACCGCAUUCAUACCGGCGAGCGACCGCACAAGUGUGCUAUUUGUGGCAAAGAUUUUGCUACUUGGAAUCAAAUAGGGGCUCACAAACGUACUCACAUGGACGGGCGAUCGCACCAAUGUGAUAUUUGUGGAAGGAAAUUUGUCGUGUAUAGCGCAUUCGUUCAUCACAAACGCACCCACGAAGGCAUCUACUGCUUCGAAUGUAACGUUUGUGGGAAAGGAUUCAUAAAUAAAUCGGAUUUUACAGGACACAUGCGCACUCACAGCGGGGAAAGGCCGUUUAAAUGCGAUACAUGUGGCAAGGGGUUUACAUUGUCAGCAACCCUGAAACGGCAUAGGCGAUCACAUGAUGUUGAACUUCCUUUAAGUUGAUACAGCAGUCUCCAAGGAUUCCAUAUUCAGCUGGAUCGGGACAGCACAAGUAUGAACAAGUCGCCGGUGCUAUAUUGAUGCGACUAUAGUUCCUGAAAUAUUUGGUUUAAACAAUUGUGGUAGUCUUAUCAUUGACAUAUUUGUGAAAGCAUUGUACUGAUGGGAUCCGAUUUGACGCUGAGUCUGUUUGACCGUUUAAGGUUACUGUACACCUCGGGAAUUUGAUCACAGAAUUUGGGCCCACCGCUUCUAAAAACUACCAACUGUUUCAGAAAGGCACAGAUUUCAAAACAUAUAAAAAAAAGCAAUUUCCUUGUCGAAAACCAUUACAAUUAAGUCGAUUCUAGAGCCGCGUUCAUUGGACACAUUUUACGGGAAAUUUCCCUUUCAAUAUAAUACCAUUAGAAGCGUCUCAUGCAUAUCAUGGUGUUACUGGCUUUCCUACAUUAAUUUCGCAAGAAAAUGCAGCCACUCUCGCUGUGGAGAAUAAGCCAAGAGCAUAUUGUUAUUAUCUACAGUUAACAGCCAAGAACAACGACAUCGCCUAUAGGAUACACACUGCAAUAUCUUCCCGCAACGAAUGCAUUUCCACAGUCGAUAGGUAUCAGGUCGGAUUCCGACAAAGGAGCAAGUUUUACCUCCCUAAUCAUCAGGUAAGGAUUAUUGUCGACCAGGUAGUUCGGAAGACUAAUUUUUUACCAGCAGUAGCAUUGUGGUGUUGAAAUAAAAGGACUUUAAUUAGUUAUGGAAUUUGCGUUUUGACUUCGUCUCACCAGAAUCCGACACUAACUUAAUGACAGAACUAAGCUAGCGCUGGAUUGACGUUAGCUUGAACAGACGAAGACACAAUUUAUGUUCCUGAGCAAACCCCGAGGCAAGCGUGGUGUCCCACAAGAAAAGGAGCUCGUUUUAAGCUGAUGAGAACUAAUGAAAUCGAAUCAUUUGGUUUGGCUUAGCCAAUGCAAAAAUUCGCAAUAAUCGAUUCACUCGAUUAUGACAGUGUGAUAAUCGAUUAAACGGUGGUC